CGGAAUAUCGCACAUGAACAGCAGCAGCAACAAUACAGGGCGAAACAAACGUCCAGAUUGACGCCGACGAUGAUACUUUUAGGCGUCAUGCCUAUACUUACAUUCGCACUUGGGACAUGGCAAAUUCAACGACUGAAGUGGAAAGUUAAUCUUAUCGACGAACUGGAAGAGAAACUCCAGCGUGCGCCGAUGGACCUUCCGGACUAUGUCAACCUCGACGUGCUCGACGAUUUUGCAUUCCGUAAAGUACGCGUAAAGGGACGAUUGGACCAUGCACACACAAUCCUCAUCGGUCCAAGAGUGCGAGACGGGACGAAAGGAGUCAACGUAAUAACUCCACUUAUUCGAUCGGAUGGUUCAACUAUACUCGUCGACCGAGGGUUCGUCUCUGAUGAAUACGCAAAACCGGAGCACUGGAAAUCCUCACAGAAUAAUAAUGAAGAAGUGGAGAUCAAUGGGAUGCUGCGAACGUCCCAGAAGCGAAACAGAUUCACUCCAGACAAUCAUCCUGAAAAGGGGGAAUGGUAUUGGGUCGAUGUGAAUGCACUUGCAGACUAUGCUGGGGGCGAAGCCGCAGGUGUUCAACCUGUCUUCAUAGAAGCUAUAUUUGGGCACACUGGUGACGCACAGCUAAACAUUUCACGAGGUGUUCCGGUAGGCCGUGCGCCGACCGUAGAAGUUAGGAACUCUCAUGCGGCUUAUGUCUUUACAUGGUGA